AAUGAUUUCACAAUUUGAAUAUCCACAUACAUAUAAAUACAGGAACCCGAUCAUCAGUACAUGUAUAGCCUAUUGAAAUGCCUGGAAUAGACUCGGUAACAUAUGACUUGAAGGGUAAGCAGGUCUUCCUUGCGGGUGAGCGUGUCCAGGGCACCUGGUUUGUUAGUGUAAGCUCAGCAGUAAAGGUGAACUUCAUCACCACUCAUAUGAUCGGUGCAACAUAUGUGGAGUGGAGAGAAUCUAAUGCUUCUAGGAAGGAUUUUGAAGAUGACAAGUUUAAGGCCCAUGAGUUGUAUACAAAACAAGUAACUUCACAUUUUUCCAAAGGUAAUGGACCAUGUCUGGAACUACUGCCAGGCAAUUACAAAUACCCUUUCAACUGUGUGAUUCCAAAUGACAAGGUGCACUCUUCCUUCGAAGGUACCCAUGGUGCAACAAGAUGGUUUAUAAGAAUUGAAAUUGGACUUCCAAUGCCUCAUUUUAACAUAGUCAAACAUGUGUGUUUUACAUACUUGGCUAAAGUGGAUAUUGACAUUCCUCUCUAUGCAAAACCUGUUGUUCGAAGUCAAGAAAGAAAACUUUCAAAAGCCUUUGGGAUUGGUGAUGCCGGUGUGGUCAAGAUUACAGCCAGUAUAGAGCGUUCUGGAUACUGCCCCGGGGAGUGUGCGCUGCUCACAUUGGAUGUUAUAAAUGAAACCACAAAAGACCUCGGGCAACCUGCAGCUCUAGUAAUGCAGGAAGUGGAAUACAAAGGGAAUGGUGAAAGAAAAAUCGUCAAGGAAUGUAUACGGAGUGUCACGGGGAGCAAAUUAGAAAAGGGGAAGCAACAGAAAUGGAUGAAGCAGAAGAUAGUGAUAGAUGUUGUACCCCCAACAAGUGCUCUAAGGUCAUGCUACUGUAUCAAAUGUACAUACUAUAUUCAGGUGAAAGUACCACUUCCAUUUUACAAUGGGGAGGACAUCAAACUAACAUUACCAAUCACAAUUGGAACUAUUCCUCAAAAUUACAAAAAGAGCCAGGCUCAGCAAAAUCCACCAAGCUAUGAUUCAUUAAAUAUCCCAGUGACAGAUUUAUCAAACAGUAUAACCUACACAACCCAGAGAAAAUCUUCAUCUCGCUUUCAGUACAGCAGUAAGUCUUUGGAUUUCCCCGACAUCACUUACACUCCAUUAAAUGCGUAUGUGGUGGAAUACAAACCGAAUGCAGCAGCCGCACCACCACGGCUCUCCACUGACACGAAGACAGCUCAAGGGGAUAGACCAAGGCCCACAGCUCCACCCUUGCCAGAGUCAGAGGGAAAACAGGGAGCGGUUUCCUGUCCCGCCAAGGAAAAGUCAUGAAUUUUAUAUGUAAAAACUGUAGUAAUGUAGAAUUUAAAUAAACACUGCUUAUAGUGUCA